AUGCUACCCCUAAAAACAUGGGCAACCCUAGCCCUCCUCCCCCUCGCCCUCGCCCAACUCGACAAACCCAUCAUGUCGCCCGCCGUCCCCUUCGACCAAAUGGACACUAACCUAUACGACAACCUCAAGUCCACACCGGCCUCAUACUCUGCCUGGGACUACGGGUAUCUGCCCGCGCGCUGCCACGACGUCGCGGAGUCGUGGGAGAACCUGAGCCCGUACGACAUGGAAGUCUACAACGUGACGUACGAAGACUGCGAUCGGCCGUGGGUGAUGUGCCGGCAUAAAGAGGCGGAUCUGAGUCUCGACCAGAUGAUCGAUAAUUUCGGGAGAUUGCCGGUCAGGAUGAGGAAUCUUGUUCGGACGCAGUUGGCGUUCCCUGGGAGAGGCAAUGGGACGCUGCUGGCGUAUACCUUCACGGACCUCGGCGACAUCGUCUACACCGGCGAUCUAUACCCCUACAUCCGCUUCUGGAUCCACGAGGUCGGGCACAUCCGCGAUGCGCAGGUCAACGCCUCUGCGGGCGACUACUCCUCCUCCACAGCCUGGCUAAACGAGUACAACAAAGACGCGUACAUCUGCGACGCCUACGCGCAAACAAACCACGCCGAGAACUUCGCGCAGGAGGUCGUCGUCGCCGCGUACGACAAGGUCGUGCCGGGCGGGAUUGCCUCGCUGGUGCCGAACUACGAGGACAUCUAUAACCAGUUCUCGACGGUUGAGGGGCUCAUGGGGGAUGAGCUUUGUCCUGGUGGGACGUGCGAGAGGCUUUUUGAGGAUGAUCGCCUUGUCUGUGUUGGUCCUGAGGCGGGGUGUGCUUCGAAGAGGGAGUAUCUUGCUGCGAGGGAGGCACGGCUUGCGGAGCGGGAGGCGGAGGCUGAGGCUGUGGUUUGUUCGUUUGAGCAUUAA